GCGACAGCCUUGAGGAAGGUCCCUUCUCGCUCGCCAUCUCUGCGACUUUAAUGCGCUUGCGCACGUGCUGUCUACCAGUGCCUGAGAGGGACGGGUGCCGCGGAGCCAGGCUAAUUCCGUGACCCGGCCACCAGGCAUCCGCUAGGGGCAGUCAGCUGUGCCUUCUCUCUCGGAAUUGUUCCGUGCUACCACGUGCUUCCCCUUCUCCACUGGCUGGGAUCCGCCGGGCUCGGGGCGCAGUAAUAAUUUUUCACCAUGCAUCGGAAAAAGGUGGAUAACCGAAUCCGGAUUCUCAUUGAGAAUGGAGUAGCUGAGCGGCAAAGAUCUCUUUUUGUUGUAGUUGGGGAUCGAGGAAAAGAUCAGGUGGUAAUACUUCAUCACAUGUUAUCCAAAGCAACUGUGAAGGCUCGGCCUUCAGUGCUGUGGUGUUAUAAGAAAGAGCUGGGGUUUAGCAGUCACCGGAAGAAAAGAAUGCGACAGCUGCAGAAGAAAAUAAAGAAUGGAACAUUGAACAUAAAGCAGGAUGACCCCUUUGAACUCUUCAUAGCAGCCACAAACAUUCGCUACUGCUACUACAAUGAGACCCACAAGAUCCUGGGCAAUACCUUCGGCAUGUGUGUGCUGCAGGAUUUUGAAGCCUUAACUCCAAACUUGCUGGCCAGGACUGUAGAAACAGUGGAAGGUGGUGGGCUAGUGGUCAUCCUCCUACGGACCAUGAACUCACUCAAGCAAUUGUACACAAUGACCAUGGAUGUGCAUUCCAGGUACAGAACUGAGGCCCAUCAGGAUGUGGUGGGAAGAUUUAAUGAAAGGUUUAUUCUGUCUCUGGCCUCUUGUAAGAAGUGUCUCGUCAUUGAUGACCAGCUCAACAUCCUGCCCAUCUCCUCCCACGUUGCUACCAUGGAGGCCCUGCCUCCCCAGACUCCGGAUGAGAGUCUGGGUCCUUCUGAUCUGGAGCUGAGGGAGUUGAAGGAGAGCUUGCAGGACACCCAGCCUGUGGGUGUGUUGGUGGACUGCUGUAAGACUCUAGACCAGGCCAAAGCUGUCUUGAAAUUUAUCGAGGGCAUCUCUGAAAAGACCCUGAGGAGUACUGUUGCACUCACAGCUGCCCGAGGACGGGGAAAAUCUGCAGCCCUGGGAUUGGCGAUUGCUGGGGCGGUGGCAUUUGGGUACUCCAAUAUCUUUGUUACCUCCCCAAGCCCUGAUAACCUCCAUACUCUGUUUGAAUUUGUAUUUAAAGGAUUUGAUGCUCUACAAUAUCAGGAACAUCUGGAUUAUGAGAUUAUCCAGUCUCUAAAUCCUGAAUUUAACAAAGCAGUAAUCAGAGUGAAUGUAUUUCGAGAACACAGGCAGACUAUUCAGUAUAUACAUCCUGCAGAUGCUGUGAAGCUGGGCCAGGCUGAACUAGUUGUGAUUGAUGAAGCUGCCGCCAUCCCCCUCCCCUUGGUGAAGAGCCUACUUGGCCCCUACCUUGUUUUCAUGGCAUCCACCAUCAACGGCUAUGAGGGCACAGGCCGGUCACUGUCCCUCAAGCUAAUUCAGCAGCUCCGUCAACAGAGCGCCCAGAGCCAGGUCAGCACCACCGCUGAGAAUAAGACCACGACGACAGCCAGAUUGGCAUCAGCGCGGACACUGCAUGAGGUUUCCCUCCAGGAGUCAAUCCGAUACGCCCCUGGGGAUGCAGUGGAGAAGUGGCUGAAUGACUUGCUGUGCCUGGAUUGCCUCAACAUCACUCGGAUAGUCUCAGGCUGCCCCUUGCCUGAAGCUUGUGAACUGUACUAUGUUAAUAGAGAUACCCUCUUUUGCUACCACAAGGCCUCUGAAGUUUUCCUCCAACGGCUUAUGGCCCUCUACGUGGCUUCGCACUACAAGAACUCUCCCAAUGAUCUCCAGAUGCUCUCCGAUGCACCUGCUCACCAUCUCUUCUGCCUUCUGCCUCCUGUGCCCCCCACCCAGAAUGCCCUUCCAGAAGUGCUUGCUGUUAUCCAGGUGUGCCUUGAAGGGGAGAUUUCUCGCCAGUCCAUCUUGAACAGUCUGUCUCGAGGCAAGAAGGCUUCAGGGGACCUGAUUCCAUGGACAGUGUCAGAACAGUUCCAAGAUCCAGACUUUGGUGGUCUUUCUGGUGGAAGGGUCGUUCGCAUUGCUGUUCACCCAGAUUAUCAAGGGAUGGGCUAUGGCAGCCGUGCUCUGCAGCUGCUGCAGAUGUACUAUGAAGGCAGGUUUCCUUGUCUGGAGGAAAAGGUCCUUGAGACACCACAGGAAAUUCACACCGUAAGCAGCGAGGCUGUCAGCUUGUUGGAAGAGGUCAUCACUCCCCGGAAGGACCUACCUCCUUUACUCCUCAAAUUGAAUGAGAGGCCUGCCGAGCGCCUGGAUUACCUGGGUGUUUCCUAUGGCUUGACCCCCAGGCUCCUCAAGUUCUGGAAACGAGCUGGAUUUGUUCCUGUUUAUCUGAGACAGACCCCGAAUGACCUGACCGGAGAGCACUCGUGCAUCAUGCUGAAGACGCUCACUGAUGAGGAUGAGGCUGACCAGGGAGGUUGGCUUGCAGCCUUCUGGAAAGAUUUCCGACGGCGGUUCCUGGCCUUGCUCUCCUACCAGUUCAGCACCUUCUCUCCUUCCCUGGCUCUGAACAUCAUUCAGAACAGGAACAUGGGGAAGCCAGCCCAGCCUGCCCUGAGCCGGGAGGAGCUGGAAGCACUCUUCCUCCCCUAUGACCUGAAGCGGCUGGAGAUGUAUUCACGGAACAUGGUGGACUAUCACCUCAUCAUGGACAUGAUCCCGGCCAUCUCUCGCAUCUAUUUCCUGAACCAGCUGGGGGACCUGGCCCUGUCUGCGGCUCAGUCGGCUCUUCUGUUGGGGAUUGGCCUGCAGCAUAAGUCUGUGGACCAGCUGGAAAAGGAGAUUGAGCUGCCCUCGGGCCAGUUGAUGGGACUUUUCAACCGGAUCAUCCGCAAAGUUGUGAAGCUAUUUAAUGAAGUUCAGGAAAAGGCCAUUGAGGAGCAGAUGGUGGCAGUGAAGGAUGUGGUCAUGGAGCCCACGAUGAAGACCCUCAGUGACGACCUGGAUGAAGCAGCAAAGGAAUUUCAGGAGAAACACAAGAAGGAAGUGGGGAAGCUGAAAAGCAUGGACCUCUCUCAAUACAUAAUCCGUGGGGACGAUGAAGAAUGGAAUGAAGUUUUGAACAAAGCUGGGCCAAACGCCUCGGUCAUCAGCCUGAAAAGUGACAAGAAAAGGAAGUUAGAAGCCAAACAAGAACCCAAACAGAGCAAGAAGUUGAAGAACAAAGAUACAAAGAACAAAAAAGAUAUGAAACUGAAGCGGAAGAAAUAGUGAAGAGAAACUUGGGCAUCUGUGUUUGAUCAUGGGAAGAUACUCUCACUAACUGAACUCUCUGUGGCUGGACUGUUAAAAGCAACAAGAGGCCCCGGCACACCUGGAAGCUGGCCGCGAAUUCGGCCUCUGGGCCUGUGUGUCUGUGAGCUCAACCUGGCUAAAGGCAGAGUCACUCCCAAAUGGGUCUUCUUAGAACUUGAUGGCUGGGCACUGCCAUCUCUAGAAUUGCCAGGAGUCUCUCUCUCCCUGCCCAGUCCAGGGCCCUCCUUUCCUAUAAGUUCAUAUUUUGCUUUGAGCCAGCUUUUUAGGCUCAUUCCCACACAUGUGGAAGCCACGUUGCCUCUCAUCCCCCUGAGGCCCUUAAGUACAUCGCUUUCUGGUGGUGCCCAGGAGGCUGCUGCUGGGCCGCUGGGUCUCUCUUUGUGGACUUGUGCCUGGAGCAGGAGGAACUCCAGUCCGUCCUGGCAUCCGUGGCAGCCCGCGGUUAGGUGCGCCAGGGUUUGCUGAUGUUGUCUUGUGCUGUUCCACUCUUGGCUCCAGCAGACCCACUGUCCCAGAAAAGCCUGAGCCUGUAGUUUAUGUAGAAUGCCACAUCUGCGUCCUCAAGACCUGUUGUCUCAUCCGUUUGGGAACAGAUGUUGGGAAAGGCCACUUUGCUCGCAGGGGUGAGGGGAAGGAUAGAGAAUCUAUUUUUAAUAAAUAACAUUCUAGAAAGAC